UUCUGCCUUAGACCGAGUUUAGUCUGACUUUAGUCCUAGUGCUGAUUGGGGCCUGGUGCUGAUGACCUAUUUUAUACAUGGUUGUUUUCAGACCAAGUGUUUCUUUAUUCCUACUUUAGUUUUGUUUUGAUCUGUCCUGAUUUGAACCUGAUCUAAUCUUAAACUACACUAACAGCAGUGGAAAGAGUAUUUGUACUCAAGUAAAAGUAUAGUUGUGUGGCUAUUCUUUUGGGUCCUGCUGUAGAUCAGGUUAGAUUUAGUGUCAGUUUAGUUCUGUUUCAAUCUGUAUGGUCCAGGUUUAAUCAUGAUCUGGUCCAAACUCACACUAUUGAGGGAGUAGAUCAUUUGAAACACGGCCACACCCAGUGAAGUGUGAUGUGGUCAAGUGUCCAGCAGAGGAAGACACAGACCGAUCAGACCUCUGGGUGCAGAGCAGAGACACAUUUCACAGUAACUCCACAUCUAAAGAACAGAACUUCUAAACAGGAGACAUCUCUGUAUGUUCUGUUCAAAUGGACUCUUCUUCUGAUUCCAGCUCCUGCAACAUGGACCCACCUGGACUCGGCCCCGGGUCUAAACUCAGACCUAAAACCUGCUCCCAGCUCUGUGUCUCUGAGAAGUGACCACUCCAAAGGCCUUCCUCCAGACUUUAGUGAAGCUCGUCCUGAAGAUGAGAGCUCCUGCAACAUGGACCCACCUGGACUCGGCCCCGGGUCUAAACUCAGACCUAAACCUGCUCCCAGCUCUGUGUCUCUGAGAAGUGACCACUCCAAAGGCCUUCCUCCAGACUUUAGUGAAGCUCGUCCUGAAGAUGAGAGGGAGCCAGGCCCAAAGGAGCAGCUGGACGCCAUAUUCAGGCGUCUGGAGGAGGACGUCCUGACUUUUGUCAAAGAGCAGCUGCAGAGGCUCCACAGGCUCCUGGCCUCAGAUUACCCAGAAUGCUCUGAGAGUGAGGAGGAGGAGCAGAGCAGCAGAGAGGUUCUGAACAUCACCCUGGACUUCCUGAGGAGGAUGGACCAGGAGCAGCUGGCCCAGCGCCUGCAGAACAGUGGUUCUGUUGGAGUGUGCAGAGGGAAACUGAAGUCUGAUCUGCAGCAGAGGUUCAGUCGUGUGUUUGAGGGCGUGGCUAAAGCAGGAGACUCCGCCCCCCUGACCCAGAUCUACACAGAGCUCCACAUCACAGAGGGCGGAGCCUCAGAGGUCAACCAGGAACAUGAGGUCAGACUCAUGGAGACGGCGUCCAGGAGACCGGCCGCUCCAGAGACCAUCACAUGUGAAGAGCUCUUUAAACCCCGCCCACAUUCACCACAGCCAAUCAGAUUUGUGUUGACGAAGGGCGUGGCCGGCGUGGGGAAAACAGUGCUGACUCAGAAGUUCAGUCUGGACUGGGCUGAAGGCCGGGCCCACCAGGACCUCCAGCUGCUGUUCCCGUUCACUUUCAGAGAGCUCAAUGUGCUCAGAGACACACAGUUCAGCCUGGUGGAGCUGCUGCACCACUUCUUCAGUCCAUCCAAACAUCUCUGCAGCUUCCAACAGCUCCAGGUGCUCUUCAUCUUUGACGGUCUGGACGAGUGCAGACUUCCUCUGGACUUCAGCCGAACCAGAGUCCUGACCGACCCCACAGAGUCCACCUCAGUGCACGUGCUGCUGGUGAACCUCAUCAGGGGGAGCCUGCUUCCCUCCGCUCUCCUCUGGAUAACCACGCGCCCCGCCGCGGCCAAUCAGAUCCCUGCUGAGUGCGUCUCCAUGGUGACAGAGGUCAGAGGGUUCACCGACCCACAGAAGGAGCAGUACUUCAGGAAGAGGUUCAGAGACCAGGCCACAGUCGUCAUCUCCCACAUCAAGAGCAUCCGCAGCCUCCACAUCAUGAGCCACAUCCCGAACUUCUGCUGGAUCCUCUCCACAGUUCUACAGAAACUUCUGGAACAAACAGAACCAGAGCUGCCCCGGACUCUCACACAGAUGUACGUCCACUUCCUGGUGGUGCAGGCCAAAGUCCAGAACAUCAAGUAUCACCAGGGAUCAGGGGAGGACCUUCACUGGACUCCAGAGACCAGGGAGAUGGUGAAGUCUCUGGGAAAACUGGCCUUUGAGCAGCUGCAGAAAGGAAACCUGAUCUUCUACGAGAGUGACCUGAGCGAGUGUGGGCUGGACGCUGCAGCGGCCUCAGUGUACUCCGGAGUGUUCACACAGAUCUUUAGAGAGGAGCCAGGCCUGUACCAGGACAAGGUCUACUGCUUCAUCCAUCUGAGUGUGCAGGAGUUUCUGGCUGCUCUUCACGUCCAUCAGAUCUUCUACAGCUCUGGAGAGAACCUGCUGAACACAUCACACUCCUUUAAGAGUCCUAAGUCUGAGGCAGCCUUCUACCGCUCUGCUGUGGACCAGGCCUUACAGAGUCCAAACGGACACCUGGACCUGUUCCUGCGCUUCCUCCUGGGACUGUCUCUGUCGACCAAUCAGAGGCUGCUGCAGGGUCUGCUGACUCACACAGGAAGUGAAGAGACCAAUCAGGAAGACAAUAAAGUACAUCAAACAGAAGCUGAAUGA